AUGGCCGCCUCCACUGAGCCUAUAAGUCGUCAGCAGUCCACCUGUCAAACUGUUCUAUUGCCGACAGCCUCAGUGAAGGUUUACAACCCGAGCGGCGACCACUUAACGGUUCGAGCUCUAUUGGACUCGGGUUCCCAGCGUAGUGUGGCCUCUACUCGGUUGGUGGGAAGACUGGGGCUCCCCUGGAGCUCUGAAUCACGUCCGAUGGUAGGUAUCGGAGGUGCCGAGCCUCCUGCUCCUAGGGGACAAUCGGAGUUGGUGUUCAGCCCUGACAGCGAACACCUUCGUAUUUUAGUCAAGGUAAAUGUCCUCGACGACAUUGUAGGGUUCCUCCCUAACGUUCGUAUAAAUGACAGCGCUGUGCGCUGUGCGUCGGCUUUGAGACCGGCAGACCCUCGGUGGGCCCAACCGGGGCCGAUAGAUUUGUUACUGGGGGCCGACACGCUGGGUGCCCUCUUGUUAGGUGAGAUACGAGCUCUGCAGCCCAAUGGCCUGGCAGCCAUUUCCACGAUAUUUGGGCACAGCUUUUUUGGACCGGUUAUGUGGUCUCCUCCCUCUCCGACGGCCGACCCUCUCUCCGUCGUGGGCGUGUCCCUAUCGGACGCUGUCCAGCGAUUCUGGGACAUUGAGGAACCACCCCAUGCAGCUCGAGUCGACCCUCUGGACCGUGAGUGUGAGUUGUUCUACCAGAACAAUACCGGCCGGCGGGUUGACGGUCGGUUCGUCACUCGCUUACCCUUUCUGGACUCCCGCCCCUCUUUGGGUCAAUCCCGUGCUCUGGCCGAGAAGAGGUUGCUUUCCAUGGAGCGCCGCAUGCGGCGUGACCCAGCCUUUCGCGACAAAUAUGUCAAGUUCAUGCGCGAGUAUCAGGAGCUGGGUCACAUGUCACCGUCCAACUUCGAAUGGCGUUCACAUGAGCACUACUUCCUCCCUCACCAUGCGGUCUUGAGGACCCCUGAGAGUAAGAUUCGGGUAGUCUUUGACGGUUCCGCCCCCACAUCAAACGGUGUGUCCCUGAAUCAGUGUCUUCACUCGGGUCCUAAACUGAUCAAGGACAUAUCCGACAUCCUGACCCAAUUCCGUCGACACCAAGUGGUUUUUGUCGCGGACAUUCGGAUGAUGUUUCGCCAAUCGGUGGUACAUCGUGAUGACCGCCGAUAUCAGCUGAUAUUGUGGCGCGAGAAGCCCAGCGAUCCCAUACAGGUAUUUGAGUUGAACACCACCACUUAUGGACUCCGGUCCAGCCCGUAUAUCGCCAUGCGAACCCUCCUUGAACUCGCUGAGAGAGAGCGCCUGAGAUACGCUCGGGGAGCUUCUAUCUUAGAGACUUCGGUCUACAUGGACGACAUUUGUACGGGCGCUUCCACCGUCGAGGAGGCUCUGGUCUUGCGAGACGAAUUAAUUGCCAUCCUGAAGUCUGGAGGCUAUGAGUUGCGCAAGUGGCUGUCGAACUCCCCACACAUUUUGAGGGACCUCCCAGGAGAGGAUCAACAAGAUCCUCAUCUGUUCGAGCACCCUGAGAAUCCUAAUUUGCUGACUGUGCUGGGCAUUCAAUAUCAGCCUGUUCAGGACACCUUCACGUAUAGAGUAAAACUUGACCCACCUCCCAAAGCAUGGACCAAGCGCUCCGUGCUGUCUACAGUAGCUCGCACCUUCGACCCAAAUGGAUGGAUCACCCCGGUCAUCUUUUUGGCUAAGUGCUUUCUUCAAAAGCUCUGGAUGUCGGGGUUGGGUUGGGACGAGCCUAUUAGCGGGGUCCUCUUGCGAGAGUGGCUCUCCAUGCUCUCCUCCCUUCCGGACAUCAACCGGGUUUCCAUGCCAAGGUGCUUCCUACCUCCAGGGAAAUGCAGGGCUACCCUACAUGGGUUUUGCGACGCCUCUGAGAAGGGCUAUGCUGCUGUCGUAUAUUUGCGGACUGUGAGUUCCUCUGGGCAUACUGCAGUUCAUCUCGUACUCGCCAAAAGCAAGGUUGCUCCCAUUAGAUCCCGUUUAACUAUCCCUAAAUUGGAACUGUCCGGAGCCGCUCUUCUCACGCGGCUCCUCAACCACGUUCACUCGUCCUUGAAGCCUGUAAUCGACAUUACGGACGUCUACGCAUGGUCGGACAGUGAGAUAGUACUUUGUUGGCUCCGAGCCGCACCUCACAAUCUUGAGGUCUUUGUGGCGAACCGCGUGUCUCAAAUCCAGAGUUCUGAGACUUCUCUCCACUGGAGACAUGUCCCCGGGGAGUUGAAUCCCGCCGACUGCGCUUCCCGCGGCUGUGAGGCCCCCGCGCUGGUUGCCCACUCAUUGUGGUGGGGUCCCAGUUGGUUAUCUGAUCCUCAAUCCUUCUGGCCCCAGGGUAAUUACUCCGAACCUACUGAGUUGCCGGGCCUACGGGCCCGAGUAGGAGUGGGCAAGGAUAAGCCCACUCGGGAUCUCUCCCUUCUGGAACGGUACAGCUCUCUCGAUAAGCUCUUAGGAGUGACUGCUUGGCUGCGCCGCUUUGUCCACAAUUCGAGAGAUCCGUCCAACCGACUCUCUGAUUGCGUUUUGUCCCCUAGCGAGCGUCGGGAAGCCCUGAUGCAUUGGAUCCGUAUGGUCCAGACGGAGCAUUUUGAGCCCGUUAUCGAACACUUGAAGCGUGGCUCCGUUAUCAAGGGCGCUCUGGCCCGCCUGAACCUCUUUCUGGACGACGCUGGGAUGCUGCGCGUGGGCGGACGUUUGAAAAACUCUCAACUGCCGUGCGGGGCUCGACACCCGUUGCUGCUCCCUAAGGACGGCGCCCUUGUCCGGUUGCUGGUAACCCACCACCAUGUUAGGAAUGCCCACGCUGGGUGUAACGCCCUGUCGGCUAUUUUGCAGCGGGAGUUUUGGAUUUUGUCUGGUCGUCGCACCAUUCGGAGCGUCAUCUUUAAGUGCAUCCCCUGUUAUAAACUGAAGGCCCCCAUAUCGCAGCCUCUUAUGGGUGACUUGCCGCCCGACCGCGUCAGGGCCAUCCGACCAUUCGCUGGGGUCGGAACAGACUUCGCUGGCCCCUUCCUCGUCAAGUCCUCUAACCUUCGUAACGCGCGUUCAUGUAAGGCCUAUCUUUGCGUCUUCGUGUGCCUCUCCACUAAAGCCGUUCACUUGGAACUGGUGAGCGCCCUCAGCACGGAAGCCUUCUUGGCCACGCUUGGCCGUUUCGUGUCGCGGCGCGGCUUGCCGGACUUGAUCCGGUCUGACUGCGGGACGAAUUAUAAGGGCACGGAUAGGUAUCUCAAGGAGGUUGUCGAAUUUCUGUCCAGCCACCGGACUUAUUUAGGAAAUGCUAUGUCGAAAAGGGGCAUCCAGUGGAAAUUCGACCCUCCGGCGUGUCCCCACUGGGGCGGUAUUUUCGAGGCGGUGGUUAAGGUUGCCAAAACGCAUCUCCGUCGCGUUAUUGGUGAAGCCAUUUUGACGUUUGAGGAGCUCGCCACUGUAUUCUGUAAAAUUGAGGCGGUACUCAACUCUCGGCCCCUCUGUCCCCUCUCCUCUGACCCGAAUGAUUUGGAGGUUCUAACCCCGGGACACUUCCUGAUUGGCCAGCCUCUUAACGCUCUGCCCGAGUAUCCCUUCAGGGAAACGAGUGCUUCACGGCUUAGCAGGUUUGCCCUGCUGCAACAGAUGACUCAACGCUUUUGGCACCGAUGGUCUCUGGAGUACCUACAUCUUUUGCAGCAGCGCGUUAAGUGGUCUGACAAGACGGAGCCUCCUCGGGUGGGAGACCUCGUGUUGAUUAAAGAACCAAACGCGCUACCUUUGUAUUGGCGCCGUGGGCGCAUUGUUAAAUUGUCGUAUGGAACGGAUGGGGUGCCUAGAGUGGCCGAGGUUUUGGUCGGAGAUUCGGUCUUGCAACGGGCCGUCGCGACCUUGUCCCGUUUGCCAAUCUACUCGCGGACUUAA